CAGGCACUCACUCGCCGCUCGCCUCGCCCGGUCGGUCGCCCCACACACCUACACGAACAGAAGCUUAGCUGGCUCGCUCUCCUCCAUGGAGGCCUCGCCGUCUCGCAGCGACAGCCUCUCCCGCGGCGGAUGGCCCAGGUGCAGGGCGCCGUCCUUGGAGCGGCGCCUCGACGUGCACGCCGGCCUCGGCGAGUCGUUCAACAGCUCCACGGCGUCCUUCAUCGACAUGGACCCGGAGGAGCUGUUCUCGAUGCGGUGGGCGCCGGACGACGGCGGCCUCGACCUCGGCGCGCCCGGCUCCCCGCUGCUGGCCAGCGCCGGGCUCGUCUUCGCCGACGAGGGCCUCGGCCUCCUCCCCCGCGAGCCGAGCGGCAUUGCCGCCCGUGACGUCGGCAGCAGCGCGUACUACGCCGACGCGUCGGCGGGCUCGUCCCCGGCGGCGUUCCACACGGCGCGGAGCACGCCGGCGUCCGCGACCGGCUCCGCGCGGCGCCCGGGCCUGCCGGCGACGCGGAGGCUGCUCCUCCGGUACCUGCGCUUCCUCGUGCCGCUGUGCCGCAAGGCGAGGGCGCUGCGGCUGCCGGCGCGGGUGUUCUCGGCGCCGCGGUCCAGGCCGCCGCUGGCCGCCGCGACCCCGGCGCGCCGGUCCACGUCCAGCGCCUCCAGCGCGGCGGAGCACUGGUGCCACGGCCACGCCGACACCGCCGUGCGCGACGCCAUCCUCCACUGCAAGAGAUCCUUGCUGACCGCUCCUCGCACGGAAUGCUGAGCUGCUCAAUCGUUCGGCGCUUCGUACACCGCUCGGGGACAGGACAUGCAGGGAUGGGCUCUCCUCUUGCAAGAACACUUCUGGCGAAGCAAUUCAAGAGGGAAAAGGAUUUCAAUCUUCUAGUUUUUCUCCGACUUAACUUUGAUUUCGAAGCAUGUACUGAUGUACAUGCAGUACAGUUGUAUACGUUGAUGAACUGUGCCCAAGGGAGUCUGACCUUGUGAGGCGUUUUAGCUACCGUGUAAUUGUAAGUAACUCUGCUGUUGCCGUGGCUCUAUGCAACUGUACAUGCAUCAGGGCAGGGUAAAAGCUGGACGAAAGCAUUAUUAGUAGAUGAUUAACAGCACCAGCUU